CAACAUUUUGAGCCUUUGAGCUUUCCGUUGUCUUCACAUUCAAUUUCAGAAAGGCUAACUGUAGUACCCAGUUUCAUACAUAUCGUGCACUAAAUGUAUUUAAAUAUAUUAAAGCUCUAAAAGAGCAACAUUAAAACGGUAGUUCUGCUAGAAAGGAGGCAUUUAAACCCGGUUAGGUUUACUUCCGUAACCCCUGGAAGUAAGCUAGUAGCAAACCCACUGUCGCUGGUAGCCCUCUUUAUUGACUUCACUAUCAGUCUGAAGCUUCUCCAAAAUGAUGGACUACGAUGACUACGACUCUGACGGAUACUCGUCUAAUGAAGAUGCAGACUACGUCCCUUCAGAUGAUAACCUGAGUGAGGAUGACCUUAAUGAGUGUGAGAAGGAAGACCCUCUGAACGAGAGUGACACUGUGCCACAUGAUGGCAGCGAUAGCAAGAAGAAGAGGAAAAAAAAGGACAUCAGUGUGAGAAAGAGGAAGAAAGGAGUACUGAAAGUAGAUAAUGAAGAGGGGGACGGAGCAGAAGCAGAGGAGCGGCCACAGGAAGAGGUGGAACAACUCACCAAGGUAGGGCCGAAGGCUGAGGACAAACUGAAGAAGAAAUCUGACGACCUGUGGGCCAACUUCCUGUCUGACGUUGGAACCAGACCCAAAGAGUCCGCACUGGCCCCUCAGUCCGGUUCCACACAGAAGGAGGAUAUCUCAGUAUUGAAGGUUGCUCCCUCGAGUAAAGACACCAAAGCUCCUGAACCUGCUAAAGUCACCAUCACCCAAGUGUUUGACUUCGCUGGAGAAGAAGUAAGGGUGAAUAAAGUGGUAUCAGCUGACUCCAAAGAAGCUAAGAUGUAUCUGGAGAACCAGAAGGAGGACGAAGAAGACGAGGAGGAGGAGACCUCAGGCGGCAGCCAGCCCCCUCUGCCUGGCCCCAGUGUCAAGCGGCCUGCAGGCAUGUCGAGCAUCAUGAAUCGUCUGGGCGGAAAGAAACUGAAGAUGAGCACGCUGGAGAAGUCUAAGAUGGACUGGGAUGCUUUUAAAUCGGAGGAAGGCAUCACCGAGGAGCUGGCCACCCACAACCGUGGAAAAGAGGGGUAUGUGGAGCGGAAGAGUUUCUUGGACCGCGUCGACCACCGGCAGUUCGAGAGAGAGAAAGCAGUGCGACAGAGCAAUGUGAAACAAUGACACAGUCCCUCAGAGCGGAGCAGAUGUUCCUCUCUCUCUCUAAUGACAGACUUGCUGUUCCCGGGUAAAGUGAGCUCAAACCGGUGCUGUGGCUCCACUCUAUUUCAGGACGGAUAUUAUUAGGCUGAGUUUGUGGGACGAUGGGUUGCUGAGUUCUUGUUCUUCCAUCUCUGUGGGAGCCGAUUAGAGCUUCAAACCUUCACACUAAGGGCAUUUUCUGAAAGUGGUCACUCUUUCCUGUCUUACAUCCACACAGGGCUGUUUUACAACUAGGACGUAGUUUUGGGGUUAAAGAAUAAUUCUGGUUUAAUAUAUUUGUUAUUUUCUGUUUCUACUCACCACGUUAACUGCUGAGGUAUUGGAUCACAGUGACAUCAUUAAAAAAAAAGUCUGAGGUCAAGAAACAUCCAGAUGAUUUACUACUUAAGUAGAAACUGAACAUGAGGUUGAGUAAAUGGAUGGGAUUUGUGGCUAGGUUUUGUUAUGUUGUGUGAAACUUCAGUAAUAACGAGUGAGGUCAUCUGGAUUACCAGGAUCAGAGAAAACAUUACAGGUGUAAAAUCAUGUACCACACAUUGCAAUCAGAAUGUAUCAGGUCUCAGCUAGGUCUAAAGGACAUCUGUACAGGGUAGUGUGACACAUCCUGAUGAAAGGUUGACAAGUCACCUAUAACCCUAUAACAAUUUGCUACAUUUUGUAGCAAAAAAACUGAGAUCCAAUUACAAGGAUCUUAAGGAGGACUUCAAUGUUUAUUAACAGGCACUGAAUCUGCCUGCUCCACUGACAUCAUGACCACGUGGUUUCAUGCACACAGGUGACCAUCUCUGGGGACACUGUACAGAACACUGUAUUUCUGAUCAAUACCACCAUGGAGGUGUGAUCAAUCAAACUGCCUGUUAUCCAUCAGAUGAGAGGGCCACACUGACUCCUGUCCCUCAGGGGCCGAUCUGUCCUUUAGGAACACACAAGGACAGAGUGUUGAGAGGAGGACAUCUUGUUUCUUCAUGUAAAUAUUAGAUAUUCAAUAAACACAUUUUAAGUUCA